UCCAAACAUCCAAAAUCUAAACGUCCGUACGAGUGAACAAUUUCGUUAUUUUAAGUAUUUAGGCUAACAAUUAACGAAACGCGUAAUAUAUUUUUGUUUACAAGUUCGAAACAUGUAAGUAAUCGCCGUCGCGACAAAACUGGUGGUGAGAGAAUAUCGGCGCGUUUUAGUUGAAACUGUAGUCAAAGUGUUAUUCCUCCUGGUAAAAUGGAAAUAUUUACGUUCGACAAGUGCUUCCAGGAGCGGUUAGAAGAAUUCACGAAUAUAAUUGUGUCUGGCCGCGAGGACGUUAUCCCGGCGACUCAGGUGCGCACCGAAUGGAUUUAUCACGUCGAGCUUGUCGUUGAGCCUGUCGGCUGGCGGGCUCUCUGGAAGAUUCCUCGGCUCACCUGCGAGGACUUCAAGAUUCACUAUCCCACCAUUGUAGCGGUAGAGGUUGAAAAUGUCGAUUAUAUGGAAUUGAUGGCGACCGUAAAAAUAGUUGCCGUGCAGGAUGAUGAUAUUCACCUGCCGGAGCACUACGACGUGCCUCUGAUCGAGCUCUAUGCCACGAGGGAGCAGGAGAACUCGGUGCUCGACAUCCUCGCCACCGCAGAGUGCAUUGACAAGCUGAGGUUCUUUUACAAUUAUCUGUGGAUGCCCUGGGACACGGACGACGACGACAACAUUGACUGGGUCUCUAAUUAUCUCGAGGACAGACUGAGACUUUUUUUCGACAUGAAGACCGGAGUCGUGUGCAAAAAGACGUGCGACAUUAUUAGGACUCUUAUGCGGGAGGGCAGAGAUAUCCAGGCUAAACUUGCCAAGCUGGAGUUGGAAAUGUCCGAUGACGAUGACGAUGGCGAGGAGACUGAUCAGCCAAAAAAAUCAAUGAACGAGGACAAAGCCUGUCGGGUGAUGAAGCUGCACCUACGGCUGCAACAAAUUAAGAGUGAAUGGGAAAUUUUAGAAAAUGGUAAAAUGCGAGAGGUGCUCGUUAGAAAUCAAAAUUUCAGUAGUAAGGAGUCCGAGGUCAAAAGGAGAGAGAGUAGAGGUCGAAAAGCAGAGGCACAUUUUGUGUGGCUCGGUGGGACUCUUCAAGAAACAAUUGAAGCAUUAAAAUCAGUACAAGACCUUCUUCCAUGCAGUAUAUUUUUAAAGACGUUGGACAGCUUACAAGAUGCUAUUGAUACUUCUGAUGUUGGAGAUAUCAUAGUAAUCGGUAAAGGUGAGCACCAAAUAAAAGGUGCAGGUAGCUUAGAAGAAGGUGGGAUGUUCAAGGGUCUUUAUAAGCCAGAGCAAACCAUCAUAUGUCCUGGAGAAACAGAAUGCGGGCCAUCGCUGUUGGAUUUUUCCGGUAAAGAUGUUCAAUUGGAAAAUCUAACAAUAGAUUUAAGAGAACUGCAAGCUGGAAUUCUUGUUAGAGAAGGACUGUUGAAAUUAACAAAUUGUCAUAUUCUUGCAAAUAACGAAAGCGUUACAAAACUAGGAAUUGUAGUUUUGUCUGGUGCCAAGUUAAUUGCUCAAAAAACUAAGUUUACUGGAUUGGGAACCGCAAUCGUUGUACAUGAUUCAGCUGAAACUAUUUUGAAUGAAUGUGUUGUGGAUGCUUGUAUCGAAGGAAUGCAGCUUUACAACAAAUCCAGGUUUUCAGCAAGUAAUUGCUUUUUCACUAAUUGCAAGGAAUAUGGAAUUAGAAAAGAAACUGAAAAGGUAAAUGAUUCCAAAGUACAAUCUGGAGAUGUGAAUGUUCUACAAAACAUUUCGGAAGUUACGAUUCGUGACUGUAAAUUUGACAACAACGCUAAGGGAAACGUCACUUUGAGGCCUCUUGAACGAAUGGUAGUUUCAUAGAAAAACAUUCUGUGAAGCUGCAAUUGCUGAAAGUAAGAUGAUUCUGGUUUUUUUUACCCAUAACUUUUUAUAA